GUCUUCUGGGUAGAUGAGGUCUUUCUCUUUCCGAAGCUAAAUUAUGAUUUCACAAGGAGGGUUGGGAGAAGACGGAAGAAGGAAAAGAGAGGAAAUAAGCAGGAAAAAUACAUAAUUAAAAAAAAAAAAAAAAAAAAAGGGAAAAAGAAAAACACAGCUCUUUCCUCGUUUGUAUUGUUAACUAACAUCCAAAACCAGAAGUUUUUUGUACAGCGAAUCGAUUUGGAGUUCGUCAGAGAGCGUUUCAAGACGAUCUCAAGUCAAGAGGGGAUUCCGAAUCUAUUUUGCAAGUGUUGACAUCGUUCGUGGUACUCCUUUGUGUUGUUUUAGGGAGAAAAAAAAAAAAGAGGAAAAAAAAAGGAAAAAAAAAAAAGACUUUGUUUUUUAGAGGUUUGUUUCGAUGAGGGUCUAUGAUUUUGUUCGAUCAUUAUUGUUACGGGGUGAUUUGCUUGGUGGGUUUUGAUGUUAGAGUUGGGUUCGGCUGAUUUUUCGGUUUCGAGUGAUGUAGGAUUUUAAGGAAAGUGGGUUUUUUUGAAGGGGAAUUUGAGGGUUUUUGAUGCUCUCCCUAGGGAAUAGGGAUGAUGGGAGGAAAGGGUUAGGGUUAGGGUUUGGUGUUGGAGAAGAGAUGGAGGAGACUGAGCUUGAAGAAGGCGAAGCUUGCUUUUAUCAGGAGGACGAUGCAAGGAUCGACCCUGAUGUCGCUCUCUCUUACAUCGAUGAAAAGCUUCAAGAUGUCUUGGGCCAUUUUCAAAAAGAUUUUGAAGGUGGGGUUUCUGCGGAAAAUUUGGGGGCAAAAUUUGGUGGGUAUGGUUCGUUUUUACCUACCUAUCAGCGAUCUCCUUCUGUUUGGUCUCAUCCAAUUACUCCACCAAUAGUGCAAAACCACAAUACACCAAGAUCGCCAAACCAUUUGCCACUGGAGGGUGCACGUCAGAACUCUUCAGUUCCAUCAAGUGCACCCUUCUCUGUCAGGCCUGGACCUGCUUCUAGCAGUGCUGCACCGCCAGCUGUUUCGAGGGUCCCAUCUGUGGAAAAUUUAGUUAAAAAAGAUGUAUGUUCAUAUCCUGCUCGUGCCUCUGUGGAGUUCAGUCCAAAAACUGAACGUUUAAAUAAAUCGGUUAAUCCAAAUGACCAGAAAACACUGAAGGUUCGAAUCAAAGUAGGUCCUGAUAGCAGUUCAGCUAGGAAGAAUGCCGAGAUAUACAGUGGUCUCGGCCUUGACAUGUCUCCUUCUUCAUCAUUUGACGACAGCCCUGCUGAAAGUGGAGGGCUGUCUCCUGAAUCUCGAAACUUCCUGGAUGAAUCUCCGACUAGUAUACUUCAGAUUACAACAUCUUUUCCCAUCCCCGGUGGCCUGUUGCUAUCACCUCUGCCUGAUAAUCUGCUCCACUUAUCCAAAGAAGAAAAGCUUCCGAGAGACGGUAGAUAUGGGCCUGCCCACAAUGGUAGCCAGGAAGGUUCUGGUAUGCCAGUGGAUGAGUUGUCUUCCGCAAUGGUGGCUAGCAAAGCAUUGGGCGAGAAGAAAUCGAAGUCAGUGGAGAAAAGUGGGAGGUCUUUAGAAGUGAAGAAUGGGAGUGGUAAAGAUUCUGGGAAUGACAUAGCUGCUCUUUUGAAGAAGGAAGUAGACAUUGAGACCUCUGCAGGCGGGGAGCUUGUUCCUAAUUCCAUGAAAUUUCCUUUUUUAUCCGGCUCAAAAUUUGGCACAGGAGAUACAACAAAAGGUGCUGUUAGGGCUCCUGAUACUUCUAGGGAAAUCAGUAAGUGUCCGGGGAAGGACAAAAUAUUAUUUUCGUACUCAGUGAAGGAGGAAGCCUUGGAGUCUGUGCCCAGCCAAGACGUGGACAUGGUUGAUAAACAGAGUAUGAAGAUGAGUUCAGCAGAUAAGAUAUUGGACACAAGGAAAGAAAGGAGCAAAGGAAACAAGAGCUCUGACACCUGUGGGACUGAAUCAGAUGCUGCCAAGGUGGGGAAAGAUCUUGAUAGUGGACCCGCAGGUGCUCCAAAACAGAAGUUUGGGUUGAAAUCUACGUCCUCUGAACAGGAUGGAGUGAAGAGGCCCCAUGGGAAGGAGCAGCUGUCGUCUAGUGGCAAAAAGAAAUCAAAGGGAAGCCAAAGUAAUGGAACCCCUGCUGCAGAGUUCCCAAAGGAAAGCUUGAAGGUUGUUUCGUCGUCAGCAUCAAAAGACAAGAAGAAAAAAUGUCAACCUGAUGAUUACCCAUCUAAAAGCAAAUCGGAUGAUGUAAAAUCACGCAAAGACUUGGGGAAGACCAUGGACAACCAUAGGGAUUUAACUGGUGAUUCAAUAGUGGUGCAAGCUGAGGAUAGAGUAGACUCACUGGAAAUGCCUUUUAAAGACCGGCGGAGUGACUCAACAAAGCCUGAGUUUUUUGAUAAAGAAAUCCACACAUUGGCAGACAAUCCAAAAAACAGAUCAAAUGGUAAAAAGAUUGAUAAUCAAUUGAGAUCAGAGACAUCAAGGGCAACCCUGACAGCUGCUUCUUUAAUGGAAAAUGGGCCUGGUUCUGAUGCAGCUCAUCCCCCUUCUGUUGUUAUAAAGGAAAAUUGGGUUGCUUGUGAUAAGUGUCAAACAUGGCGGCUACUACCUUUUGGUGUGGAGCCCACGGUUCUUCCAGAGAAGUGGCUGUGCAGCAUGCUUGAUUGGCUGCCUGGAAUGAACCGGUGUGAUUUUAGUGAAGAGGAGACAACAAGAGCUCUGUAUGCAGCGUACCAAGUCCCCAUCACUGAGGGUCAAAAUAACAUACAUAGUCUGCCUGAUGGAGUAGCCUUGGAUGAGGUCCGGCGUCUUGAUGAUAGCCACCUUGAUGUCAGGUUGCAGGCUUUGCCUGGUAGUGCAAAGAAGAAACCGGGUUCAAAGGAAGCAUCAAGUGCAGCUAACCAUGUGGGCUCCAUUCACUUUUCAAGUUCUACAAAGAAGAAUCAGCAGGCGUCUGUGAAGAGUAGAAGCUUAAAUGAUGUGAACCAGGUUCCUUUGGAUUCCAAUCCUGUGAACAAGCCUGUCUUACAACAAUUAAGUAAGUCAGGUGACUUGUCUGUGGAUAAACUCAUGCAUAAGCAGAAGGAGAAACACAAACUGUCUGAACACUAUUUAGAUGGAGGUGUUGCCAAGCCCUCAAAAAAAAGCAAGAGGGAAGCUGAUCAAAAUGAACAUAAAUAUUCUAAGAAAAUGAAGACAGAAGGUAUGUAUUAUACUGAUGAUGAUUGGAAUUCUGACCUGGGGGUUGCCCACCCCUGCACAAGUGGUGGUGGUUUGCCAACUAAGGCACCUGGAAAGGAAUCAAAUAGAUGUAAUGGGCACUUCCCUUUGAAGAAUCCAAAGCGUGAUGGAAGAGGCAGUUUUCCAGCUUCUGUAAAGAAACCAAAAGAUCAAGUUCAGGUUCCUCUUGAUGGUGGUUCUGCCCUGAAUUUGAGGAAAUCCAAUAAAAUGAAUGUUGCUGCUAAGAAGAGGAAGGUGAAGGAGUGGCAGGAGAGUCAAAUUUAUCUAGAUCCAAGAAGUGAGCAUCACCUUCAUGACAGCAAGGGAUCUGUUAAGGUGGAGACCAAUGACAGUGAACGCGGAAAGGAAAAGAAGGCCAGGGCUUCUAAAUCUGAGCCAAAGGAGUACAAUACCAGUAAGGGGGAUGGUAGAUCAAACAAAAAGGGUAAGGUGACGAAAAUUGUCUUGUCCGGAAGUAGAGAUCGACCAAUUGAUGGAAUGGAAGCAGAAGCUGCAUUUUGUAUGGAGAAGGACCAGCAACUAGGGCAAUAUAGGGUAGGGAAAAAUGUGUCUCAACGGACCUUGGAUGUUUCAGAUUCAUUAAAAAAGGAUCUGGGAUAUGGACAGCCUUCCAUGGCUGCCACUUCAAGCUCUUCAAAGGUUUCUGGAUCUCGUAAAACUAAAAACAACUUCCAGGAAGUGAAAGGUUCACCUGUAGAAUCUGUUUCAUCUUCUCCUUUGAGGUUGUCCAAUCCAGACAAGCUUACAUCGGCAAGAAGAGAUAUGUUAGGAAAAGAUGAUGCAAUGAACUAUGGUGUCUCUGUCAUUGGUAGCCCAAGAAGAUUCUCAGAUGGAGAAGGUGAUGGUGGCAGUGUUCGGUCUGGUAUAGUAAGGAAGGAUAAUCCUUUUCAUAUGUCACAUCAUGGAUCCCUGGAGUCUCCUGUGCUGGAUUAUCAGGGCAAGGAUUCUGAUCACACCUCUGUUGGAAAAGGGAACAGACAGAUUGAACCUUCUGAAUUUAAACAUACCCAUAUGGUGAAUGGUGAUGCUGAUACCACGGAUACGUAUAACCGAUAUCAGAAUGAACUGCGGGGUAAGGACCAUGGCCCCAUUGAGGAGAGGGUGAACAACGGCCAUUACCAUGUUAAUGGCUAUCUUCCUCGGAAGUCUGGGAAGGGAUCCUCAUCACGGUCUAAAGAGAAACACAGAAGUUCCAAAUCUAAUUUUGAUAAAGGUAAGGUCAAGCUUUCUGAUUCAUUCAGUGGGCAAGAAGACAUGCAUGCAACAAAAGGCUUGAGGUAUGAGGCUGAGAUUGAAUCUUAUGAUCGUUCUCCUUACCAUCAAGAAACAAGGGAUGGGAAAUACAGCUCUCAGGAUAAAUGUGCUUUUAAGUCUGACAAGGAUGAGAAGACUUACUUGGGUAAGAAAGAUUCUACCGGGAAAUGGUCACACGAGAGCAAUAAAAGGGAAAACCCAUCAAAAUUUGGGGGACAUGAGGACUCAGAGGUGAAAGUCAUUUGCAGCAAAGAUGGGAAAUCCACCUCACAGCAAAAUUUGCUGCUGGACCGUGAUGGUGAGAAGUCCUCUAGUCGGUUUCUUCCGGAUAGAAUUGAUAAGAUGGAUGUAGCGUUGAGGAGAGGGAAGUCACAAUUCUUCCCUCAUUCUGGAGAUAAACAGGAUACACAGUCUCGAUGUCCUCGACCAAUGCCAGGAAGUGCAUCUGAUGUUUUACCUGUUGAUGCUUCUGGUGGUGGGGUUGGUGAUGCAUUGAAGGUUUCAAGUCACACUGGGAAGCUUGAUAAUCACAAUGGAGCUUGUCAUAGUAAUUUGAGACAUCCCACACCUAAUGGUCUUGGGGUCAGGGAUCUCAAUAGCCUCAAUGCCCCAAGUCCAGCUAGAAGGGAUUCUUCUGGUCAGGCUGCUGCCAAUAUUGCAUUGAAGGAAGCCAAAGAUCUGAAACAUACUGCUGAUCGUCUUAAGGAUCCUGGGUUAGAUCUUGAAAGGACUAGGCUAUACUUCGAGGCGGUUUUAAAGUUUCUUCAUGCUGCCUCACUUUUCGAACCUUUUACUAAUGAGAUUACCAGAUCCACGAGUGUUUAUAGUGAGACUGCCAGACUAUGCGGGUUUUGUGCUCAUGAAUAUGAGAGAUUGAAAGAAAUGGCUGCUGCUGCUAUGGCUUACAAAUGCAUGGAGGUGGCACACAUGAAAGUUAUUUAUUCCAAACAUUUUACUGCUUCUAAAGAUCAGAUCGAGCUGCAAAAUGCAUUGAAAGUGGUUCCUCCAGGAGAGUCUCCAUCCUCGUCUGCCUCAGAUGUUGAUAACUUGAACAAUCAGGCAGCUGUGGAUAAGGUUGUUGUAACCAAAGAUAACAAUAGUUCUCAGGUUGCUGGAAGCCAUGUCAUUAUUGCUAGAAACCGUCCCACCUUUGAGCGGCUGCUUGGCUUUACACGGGACGUAACUAGUGCGAUGGAAGCCUCAAGGAAAUCCCAUAAUGCUUUUGCAGCUGCCAAUGCUAGCCUGGAAGAGUCUGGGCAUAGGGAGGCUGUAAGGCGGGUCCUUGAUUUCAGCUUCCAUGAUGUGGAUGGACUACUGCGUCUUGCACGGCUUGCAAUGGAAGUAAUUAGCCGUUGAAUUUCAAUGGUCAUAGUAAUUUUCAACCCUGUGAGUAUGUUUUCUUUGGUUCAAUUCCAUGGUAAGCAGGCCUUACGGGAGGAAGGAAAAAGAAUCCGAGCUGGAUCUCUCGGCUGCACAUUCUUCUAAGAAAGAGCAUGCUAUUGCCAGCUCAACACCUCUGUACAAUGUGUACAAAAUGAGAGAACAUCAUUUUCUUGGUGAGCCUUCGGCAUGUUUUUGACACGGAGAAGGGUUAGCACAUUAUCCAAAUAUAUGAAGGUUGGGUUGAAGGAAGUGCCUCUUGCCACAAGUCAAGGCGUCUGCUACAAGCUUUAUAAGUUAUGGGAAGUGCAGUGAUGUGGCUCUAUAGGGGAGUCGGAUCUGGGAGAAAAAUGGAACAUUGAAUGCCUUCGAGUUGGCUUGAGGAGGCUGAAUACUAACGUAGCUCUGAUUUACGCCAUCUUUCUGGCAUUUCUGCAAAAGACUUCAAUUUUGUUUCUUCUUCUUUUCUUUUCUUUUCCUUUUCCUUUUUUGUUUUUUUUUUGUAAUUCAAAAAAUGUAAGUACAAAAUGUUGAUGGAGGUUGCCAAGUUGAUAAAAUUUCAAGCUUAGUUUAGUUCACUUUGUUGAAUCCCGGUUCAAAUUUUCCGUGAAUCCGAGGGAAAUGGAGAUGGCAGCCUCAGGCUGAGGCUACCUGUUGUUGCAGUUGGAAUGGUUUUUUACCCGUCGCUGAUAAAGGAGACAAGUAGGAAGAAAAUAGAUACAAAUAGAUUUAUAUAAGAUGCAAGAAAUUGUGGUACUCAGAAUUUAAGAAGUUGGAGAUUUUCCUGUGGAGUGCCUGGUUUAUUCUCCUUGAUGAAAAGGAGGAUGCCUGCCUAUUCAUAUGUGAAUAAAACUAAAUUAGAUCCAUGAGUGGGGCAAUUAAUAUUUGUUGGGGUUCAUCUACACCACCAGCUUGCAGAUGUAAUGAUCUCUGACAGGUAGGUAAAAAGGGUUGUGGUGGCGAUGGUGGCAGCAGCAAAAGAUCAUGAAUGAUGGGCCUCUUCAAAGUUUUUUCUUUGUAUUGACUUGUAAUUGAACACACCACCUUCCCAACCAACCACCCCCCCCCCCCCCGGGCGGGGGGUCAUGGGCCCUCUUUUCUCCCCUUCUCAAAAUAUGUCUCGUGAAGUUUUGAAACCCUAACCCCCUCCAAAAAGAAGAAAUACCUCAUCUGGGCAAUGUAUCAUGGUCUUGCAUUCUCAGAAGUGGGAAUACAAAAGAUGAUGCCCAAGAAGGACCACUUUCAUAUUGUCAUCAUUCUGUGUCCCAAGCUACAGGAACCAGCUCAGCCCCUUUGCCCAAAUCAGUGGAUGAAAACUGCGGUAGCAUAUGGGGAGUACAGCUACCACUACUACAUCUGAGGACCCACAGUGCCACCAACAUGGGUGCUCUCAUCAGUGUAUGGAAAAUAAAGUAAUGCUGCCAUUUUAAGUCCUGUUGGCUCUGUGAACUUCAAAUCAAUGUUGCAUUUUUUGUGGAUUGUUGUUCGUUGGAUGCUUUCAGGCCUAAGUAAAGGAGAACCAGAGGUUUUCAUUAAAAAAAGGAGAACCCAAGAGGGGAACAAGUCACUUCUACUGUUUUGUCUCUGAGAUUGUAAAUGAGAAAGAAGCAACAAUUAUAUUAGAGCAAACCCAAGACCUAUAAUUCCCCGUCCCUCUAAAAUCAGUAAGUAGCUGGACACAAUUAUCAGUGCUUUACUGUCUAUGGGAAGAGCUUUUGUUAGUGGAUGGAGGCUAUCAAAUAAUGCUGUAUUACAUUAGUUGUUUUUAUUGGUGUAAGGGGGCAAGCACUGGCAAAGCAUCUUGGUUGCCUCCGUAUGAUUCUA